AUGGCACGUCCAGUAUUGCAAACUACAGGGUCACUAGGUGUUUCCUAUAUCAUAUUUCGUGGUGUAAAACAGCUGCUUUCUAAACAUGUCCCUGAGAAAUGGUUGCGAGUGGAAGAACAACAAAGAAAUAGGGUUAAUGGAUUAGCUCAAAGAGUAGGAGAAAAAUUGCAGGAUUCUUUACCAAAUAUUCCUGAGGAUACGCGAAAUAAGAAUAUAUUAUUAAAGACUGUUUAUGAUAGUUUCCAAAAAAUUAAAUUAUAUGAAGUAGCAAUUUAUUUACUUACGAUUUUAGUUGUAGUUAUAUUACCACCUUUAUUAUCGUUACAUAUGGAAAAGAAGAAGAAAGCAGCAUUGGAAGAAUUUGAGAAACGUACUCAACAAAAUAAUGAUAAUAAUAAUGAUGAUGAUAAUACUAAUGUGAGCAAUAUUCAUGAAGAAGACCCUGAGGAAGAAGACCCUGAGGAAGAAGACCCUGAAGAAGGAGACCCUGAGGAAGGAGAAGAAGAGGAGGAGGAAGAUGUCUCAGAAGCUGAGAAUAAACUUAGCAAUAUCUCAAUGAACGAUAACGCCCCACUUAGUUUAAUCAAAGAUGAACUACCUCUAGCCGAUGAUAUUCCUAAGGAACAAGAAAUAGCAGAUGUAGAUAACGUUGAAGAAGAACUUUCACAUAUGGAUGAAAAUGAUAAUGAUUUUAGUCAAAGUAAUAUUACCCUUUCAAGCUAUCAUAUUAUCCCAGAUAAUGUAAAUAAUGGCGAGUAUAAAGGUGGAAAAAACUUAGAAUCUGAGGUUGCCGAAAGAACUCAUGACGAGAUUGAUUUAGAGACAGGAUUUGAUGAGAUCGAUCAAAUUGGUUCUCCAUUAGAACCGGAACAUAAUGAGGUUUUUAAGGAAAACAUCGAAACCGUGGAAGAACCACAAGACGUCCAAGAGAAAGAAGUACUAGAACCAGAACAGGGAAUUGUCUUGGAAAAAUCUGUUAAACAACCAAGAGAAACACCUUCAUUAUCAAAUCCAAAAGCUUUAUCCUUUGAUAGUCAAAGUUCACUCCAUACACAAAUGUUAUUCCCAUCAGCAGGGACAUCCUCAUAUAUUCAAUUUUCUCCAACAAAGGCAAGUGAUUUGAAAGUGGAAAUAAAUAAAAAGAACGCAUAUUCACAACCCUUCGAAUAUUAG